UGUUUUCUCCAUCAACUUCCUUUCACUCUUACUACUUCAAUCAGCCAACAGUAUUAAUUCAACUCUGUUUGAAUUCCACCGUCUUUUUUGUUUCUCAAUUCAAGCCAUUUAUGGAAAACAUCCUAGAUUAUAAAAGUGCAAGGCCAAUUCGGUUUAAACCUCACAUUUCAACCGACUCCUUCCUCCAUUGGACAUCAACACAUUUACUCGUGAAACGGCCAGUUAACAUACCCAACAGCAUUGCUUACAGCAAUGACAAUUCUAAAAAUCUUACUCGUUGUCGUCACUUUAACGUCUGUGACUCACACGCAGCAGACGACCAAUCAAGAUUUGAUGCUGGCGUCCACCAAGGGCAAACGGCACAUAAGUCACGUCGAUCCUUAUGGUAGUCUGCAAUUCCACAAACCUCCAAUCCCCAGCAUCGAUUACUACGGAGAAAGUGACAAAAGUCAUGGAGGAUACAUUGUAGUGUCACACGAGAAAGGGAAAAAACAUAAAUCAAAAGGAAAGGGAGGUGGGUACGGAUACAGCGGCGGAUAUAACGGAUACACAGUCGCCGGAGGAAAUGGCGGUGGAGACGACUCAUCUGAAGGCGAUGGAAACGGAGGUGGCUUCUUUGGAGACAAUUAUUACGUCGCCAAAAUAAAAGGCAAAGGAAAAGGCGGAUAUCCGGGCAAAGGCAAAGGCGGAUAUCCAAGCAAAGGCAAAGGCGGAUCAUACAGAGGUAAAGGCAAAAAAGGAUACGGCAAGGGCAAAGGCGAAUCCUACGGUAAAGGAGGCAAACACAAAGGAAAAGGCUCUUACGGAAGUAAAGGAAAGGGCAGCACCUACGGAGGCAAAGGAAAAGGAGGUACACCUUAUGGAAGCGGUGGAUACAACCCACCCGGAAAUCAAUACGGUGGAGGUGGAUAUUCUCAAAACAAUGGAAACGGAGGCUACUUCUACGUGAGCGGUGCAAUCAGCAAUUCGUACGGAAGCAGCGGAAUUAAGGGCCCCUCAUACGAGAACAGCGGAAUAGGAUACAACUCAUUUGGAAACAGUCAAAGCGGCGGAAGCUCUUCGGAGAACAGCGGAGGGAGUUUUAGUGCAUACGGAGGUGGUGGAACGCAAGGAAAUUUUUACUCAGGCGGCGGAACAGAAGACAGCUCUUACGGAGGCGGCGGAGUGGAUGAUACGAACGGAGGAGGAGACGAUUUUUAUGGAGUCGGAGGAAUAGGCGAUUCCUACGGUGGGGGCGGUACAGACGAUUCUUACGGAAACGUGGGAAUAAGCGAUUCUUACGGCGUCAGCGGAGUAGACGAUUCGUAUGGAGGCGGUGGAGGAUAUGAUUCUUACGGAGGAGAUGGAGGAUAUGAUUCGUAUGGAGGCGGUGGCGGCCAUGAUUCGUAUGGAGGCGGCGGAUACGGAAUCGGUGGCGGAAUAGGAGGAAGCGCCGAAAUCAUUACCGGUGGAAUUGUUACAACUGGAGACAUCAAUUCCGGAGCAAUUCCAACGGCUGCAAUCAAAGAUGAAACUCCCUCUGCUGUUGUCACUUCAGAAGGUGAUACAUCCAGUGGAAAAACCGAAGGUGGCAACGAAGCCCAAGGUGGUACAGCAAGUACUACAAGCAAUGAUUCGCAAAGCAGUGGGGGCGGAACAGCCGACAUCACCGGACGAAAGCGAAGUCCACCAGAUACGACCGAAACAACGGAUAAACCACCCGAAAGCACUACAGUCAAAAGCAACGACAACACAAACAGUGAUUCAGAAAAAAGAGCCAAAACUACUGUAAACUACAACUUAUCAAUCAACGCUAACGGAGAUACAUCGGCCGCCAACGGAAAUGGCAAUAAUAACACGGUCAAGGUAGAUUUUAAAACAGAUGGCACUGGCACUUCGGAAAACGCUUUCUCCCUCAGCGUACAGAUUUCCUCUGGCAGCAAUGGAAAUAAUUCACCCGUUCGAUAUGAUGCACCCACUACUUCACGCCCCACACGAUCCAGCAGUACUGAAGAAAUAGACAGAAAAAUUACAGGCGAGGGAAAAGCCGAAAAUUCCCGUGGGAGUUCAACAGGUCCGAAGAGAAGCAUUGCACAAGCUAGCAAAACAAUUCAGGAAAUCCCCGAUAGCAUAGAGAAACAAUUAGAUGAGCCUGAGAUCAUCGAGCACCAACCUGAAGUUCAUAAACCGCCCGUCACUGUCCGACAGCCUAUCAAACCCGUUGCACCAGUCAAAGAGCCAUUGAAAGCUAAAACUCCAACCAGCACUCCAGACACAUCCAGCUCAUCUACUCCAGCCCCUCGCACAGCCAGCUCACCUACUCCGGCCCCUCGCACAGCCAGACCACCUACUCCAGCCCCUCGCACAGCCAGACCACCAUCCACCACUUCUGCGAAACCCAGCGUAUCUAACAACACAGUGGGAAGAAACGUAAACAAUGAAAAUAUACUCCGACAAAGCAAGAAUAUAAAUGAAACACUUAAAUCUAAAGCAACUCCAUCACCAGCCAAAAAUAUUACCUUAGGCCAAGCAAAGCCUAACGCUGCAAUUAAUGAAGAAGAUGGUACUGGGUGUACUAGCGGAUGUUUCAGCAUCCCACCGAUUACAAUCCAAACCAAUAGCACCGAAAAGAUCAAUGCUACGAUCACCGAUGUUCCAGGAAAAAUCCGGCAAGGUCGCGAACAAAUCAUCGGCGGUGGACGAAAACAAACCCAUAUACCCAUCGACAACUUGUCGAUUAGUCAUUUCGAAAGACCCACCACAUCUAAGAAAGUUCCAAAAGGUACAGUACAAGCCGAAAUAACGUCUGGAGUUGCAAUUAAAGAAAACAAUACUUCUGGAAUUACUGGAAAAGAAGAAGUCCGAUUGAUAGGCUCUACAACAUCGUUCGUCAAUAUACCAGGAGACGGAAAUACCGGCUUCGAAACCAUCCAACAUGUUGAAAAUGGUGGGCAACGAAGCGUUGGAACAGCAAACAAGACACGUCAAAUUCCACGACCUACACCUAGACCAGCAACAGCCGACAUCCCUUCUUUCUUCGAAUUCGACGUGAACGACAAUAAGGACUCUGAAAGCCCUAAAUCUAUUAAUCAAAACGAAACGAAGCAUACCAUUAGUUCGACCAGUACAACAGUCCGGCCAACACCACGUCAUAAUCCGAGACAUCGGCCAACGACAAGUACAGAAGACACAAUUUCUGCUGGAGUCAAAGUAGAAAGUACCAAAGAAUCCAGAACCGCUAACAAUGCCCCAGCUGACGGACGGAAACGGAACCCUCCAUCUCCUAGUGACGCACAUCUCAAUGUCACUCGUCAGACAACAACUCGAAGGCCUAGACCAGCAGUGGAAGGUAUUCCUCCAUUUGUCGAAGGAUUCGCAGCUGUUAAUGUUUCAUCAAGAGUCCUUGGAAUAGGGCAGCGAGAAAUGGACAUCGUGAAUAACGGGCCUAAAAAUAGCCUGAAUAUAAAUAAUGGAACAAAUGUUAGACCGCAACAUUUUCCCCGACACGCUCCAACACAUAAACCUACCCCAACCACCGAAAGACAGCCAACUAUUCCUGAAAUUACAUCGAGAAAUGCUGGGAAAGACCAGAGACGACAAGUCAACACUACACCUCUGCCUGGCAAAACUGAGCGAGACCAUCAAACUGCCGACGUAAAAGUUCACACUAUCCAAGCAGUUAACCCGCCUUUGCUUGUACCAUACUUACCUAUCGAUACAUAUUACUUACCCCUCCGCCGGCAUAUCAUGCAAAAGGCAUUACAACAUUCUUGAAACGAAUUUUUUUUUUAUAACCUCUGAUUUAAAUUCCAUGUCCUAUUGUUACUGUUUGGUCACAUCUGUUUAUCUUCGUUACCUUGUAUUGCAUAGCGCUGUGUGCUCUGCAAUCAAGAAAAUAUUAGAAUGAAAUAAAACGUUAAGUCUGA